AUGUCCACCUGGCGACAGGACGAUGAAGAUAUCCAUGACUUGCAGGCCAAGAGCUUACAGCCGACUCAAACCGGGGGAAAAUGCUGCCAGAGUAGCAGUCAGCUGCUCGCAGUGCCAGCAGCUCGCAAGAAUUUCGCAGUGCGCAGGGACCGCUUCGGAUGUUUGCCCGGCCCCAAAAGGCUCCGGACCGAGGUCGUGAGAGUAAGCCGCAAGGGCGAUGAGCCCCUCGGCCUGGAGUUCGACAAGAUGGAUCCCGAGAACUUGAUGGUGGCGAAGCUGACCCUGCCUGGGCUGAUCGCCACCCACAACCAGAAAGCGGACAGCGAAAAAGUGGUCUGCCCUGGGGAUAGAAUCAAGAAAGUGAAUGGCAAGGAGGCAUUGGCAGAAGAGUUGAUAGCCAUGCUUGACAGCGAGCCCAAGCUAACGAUCGUCCUGCAGCAUUGCCAGGAGCUGGAGCACUACAUCGAGAAGCGAGGGAAGCCGCUUGGGCUCGAGCUGGCGGUCUCUGAGAAGGCCACUUGCCUUACGGUGCAGAGGAUCGAAGUGAAUGGGCUGGUUGCCGCCCGGAACGAGGCUAGUGGGGACAGACAGAUCAGAGUUCACGACAAGAUCGUGGCCGUGGAUGGCGUGCAUGCGCCAGCUCCAGAGCUCAUGCGAAAGAUCAAGGUGGGGUUUUACAUCCAUUUGCUGUUGCCAGUCCAUGGCCGUCAAGGCAGCGAUUACAAGCUGGCCCGAAAGCUUCAGCAGGAGGAGGAGCGAAACGCCCGCAGAGCCGCGCAGGGCGCGCAGGGCGCGCAGGGCGGUCAGGCGCCGCGGCCCACCUCAUCGAGGGCCGGCUGGCAAUCUGCCGGCAGCGGGCGCUCCCUGGGAGGCACAGGGGAAGGUGAGGCUGCCCAGCUUUCUCCGGAGGAGAGGAGGCAGCGUGCUCUCGAGGCGGCCGAGCGAAGGCAGAACCAGAUCGCCGGUGUCUCCGAGAAGAAGGUUCAAGAGAUGCGCAACAAGGAGCAGAAGGAUGCCCUACUUGGCAAGCUGGCGGAGCAUUACGCCCGACAAAAGAUCGAAAUGCCCAUGGGCCUCCACGCUGCCAGUGUGGAGCAACUUCGGCAACACUGGGAGACCGUCCGGAAGGACAGAGGCAGGGAGGACGCUGUCCUGCAGUCGCCGGCUGUGUAG